AUGUCUUUCGGACGACCACCUUCAAUAUCUGCAGGUUUUUCGCCGAAUCCUCCUGACAGGGGAUCGUUCCCACUUGACCACUAUGGCGAGUGCAAAGACUACAUGAAAGUCUAUCUUGACUGUCUACGCAAGAACUCAAGUAAUUCGACGCCUUGUCGUCUUCUCAACCGCGAAUAUCUUGAAUGCCGAAUGAGCAGGGGUCUGAUGGAGCGUGACCAAUGGCGAAAUCUUGGACUUGCAGGAGUCGAAAAGUCUAGCGCAAAGGAUGAUCCUCACGAUACUGCUCAGACUACAGCCUCGCCAAGAUCGAGCUAGUACCCUUGUGCUCCAUGUACGUUGACUAUCUGCUCUGCGGUCCAGUCGACCGCAGAAUGUAUUACUCUGCUCGUC